AUGGCCAGGCUUCACGCAUUCCUGGUGCUCUGCGUAUCUUGCGCGUCGGCCUUCCCUGCAGCAGGCCCAGACUUGGGGAACGAAGCGAAGAAAAGGCAGCUGGCAGAGGAAUAUCUGAAACGCUUGUACAACCUCGACACCGGGGAGAACGAUGGUGCUCAAUUCAGAGUGAAGAGCGCAAGUCCUUUCUCUCAAAAACUCCAGCAAAUGCAAGACUUCUUUGGGUUGGAGGUGACCGGGAGGUUGGACGCACCCACAAUGGACAUAAUUGGGAAACCGCGGUGUGGAAACCCUGAUGUGUCCAACUAUGAGAUCUCGGAAAGCCGCUCUAAGUGGGAAACAACCCAGCUGACAUACAGAAUCCUAAACUUUACACCAGACAUGCCGCAGGCUGCCGUGGAGAAGGUGAUCCAGAAAGCCUUUCAAGUCUGGAGCAACGUGAGCCCCUUGAAGUUCACCCGGCUACAUGAUGGCACAUCAGACAUUGAGAUCUCCUUUGUAGCUGGAGAUCACGGAGACAAUUCCCCAUUUGAUGGACCCGGGGAAUUUUUAGCCCAUGCUUUUGAUCCUGGAUAUGGUGUUGGUGGAGACGUCCACUUUGAUGAAGAUGAAACUUGGUCGAAGGGGUCAGAGGAAACAAACUUGUUCCUGAUUGCGGCUCACGAGAUUGGCCAUGCUCUGGGCCUUGCUCACUCCAAGGACCCUGGAGCUCUGAUGUUCCCAUUUGUUGUCAACAUUAACACCAAUGAAUUCCAGCUGUCUCAAGAUGAUAUCAAUGGAAUUCAGUCCCUUUAUGGGUUAUCAGUGAAGCCUGUUCAACCUACAGGGCCCACCACUCCAUCAGGCUGUGAUGCUAAUUUAGUGUUUGAUGCCAUCACCACCCUCAGAGGAGAAGUGUUGUUUUUUAAAGACAGGUUCUGUUGGCGCAAGCUCGAGCAGUCAACGCACACUGAAUUGCGAGUGAUUAAAUCAUUUUGGCCUUCUUUACCAUCGGAGAUUGAGGCCGCCUAUGAAAACACGGAUAUGGACCAAGUUCGCUUGUUUAAAGGAUCCAAAUACUGGGCCCUCAGUGCAUAUGAAAUACUGCCAGGCUACCCAAAGAACAUCCACAAGCUGGGAUUCCCACAAACGGUGAAGCAAAUUGAUGCUGCUACUUAUAAUGAAGAUACGAGGAAAACGUAUUUCUUUGUUGGAGAUCAAUACUGGAGUUAUGAUGAAAGGACACAGAAGAUGGACAAAGGCUUCCCAAGGCUGACCGGUGACGAUUUCCCAGGAAUUAGCCAGAACAUAAAUGCUGUAUUCCAAAAAGAUGGGUUCUUCUAUUUCUUCAGCGGAUCAGUGCAGCAAGAGUUCAGCAUGAAGUCCAAGAGAAUAACCAGAGUAUUACAGAGCAACAGCUGGUUGAGCUGUGGCGAAAAAUAA